AUGUACUCGCCCGCGCUCUCCGGCGCAGUGAAGCGUCGGAGCAAUUCCAACUCCACGCCGGCGGCCGAUCGCGCCGCCGAAACGGCCCGGAAUGACACAUCGGAGCGCCGUCGCCGCCACCGCAGCUGGGUGGACGAGGGCUCGCCCUGCAAUGGGGAGGCCAUGACGCUGCUGGUCGGCAACGACCCUCGGGCGGAUGGUGACGCCUCGACGAGUGCCCUAAGCACCAACCAACUGGCCAAGUUCACCAACGCGCUCAUGUACGGAAUCAUCAACUCGAUCCUGACCAUCCCGUGCAUGUACGGCUACGCGGCCAUCAUCUUUGGGCACCCGGACUUCGCCAGCUUCAUGCCGGCGCUGUCCAAGCUCGUCAUGUUCUCGAGCGUCGUGCACCAGGCCAUGUUCACGCUGCUGAGCUCGCUGCCCUUCGCCAUCGGCCAGGUGCAGGACGCCGGUCUCAUCUUCCUCAGCGCCAUCGCCACGUCUAUUUGCAACUCGCUGGGCGAGGACGUGCCGCUCGAGGCCAAGGUCACGACCACGGUGGUGACCAUCGGCUUGGCCACGGCGUCGUUGGGCGUGGUGCUCGUGGUGCUGGGCAAGUUCAAGCUGGCGGGCCUUGUGUCGUACCUGCCCAUGCCCGUGGUGGGCGGCUACCUGGCGUUCAUCGGCCUCUUCUGCAUGUACGCGGGGCUCUCGCUGUGCACGGGACUGGUGAUCAACGACUUCUCGUCCAUGAUGCAGCUCUGGGACCCGCACUACAUGCUCCUCUGCGUUCCGGGUAUGCUGGGUGGAAUUAUUCUGCUGCUGGUGUCGCAGCGCUGUGAGAGCUCCUUCGCGCUGCCUGCUACGAUCCUGCUGAUGCCGCUGCUGUUCUUCGUGGUCUUGGCACUGUUCGGGAUCUCGCUGGAUGAAGCGCGCGAGUUCGGAUGGGUCUCGCCGGCGUCCGACCCCGCUGGCUUCGUUCAGAUGUUCGACCUGUUUGACUUCUCGCAGAUGCACUGGAAUCAGGUGCCGCGACAGAUCACGACGUGGCUCGGCAUGACGUUCGUUGUGGCUUUCUCGUCGUGUCUGGAUGUGGCGGCUAUCGAGAUGGACAUGGGCAGCCAGCUCAACAUCAACCACGAGCUCAAGUCCGUCGGAUGGUCCAACUUUGUGAGCGGACUGCUGGGCGGAUACACCGGGUCAUACAUUUUCUCGCAGACCAUCUUCACCUACCGCUCCAAGACCAACUCGCGUGUCGUGGGCGUCUGCGUCAUCAUCUCCGAGUUCGCCAUCGUGCUGAUUCCGCUUUCCGUCAUGAGCCUCGUGCCGCGCUUCUUCUUUGCCGCUACGCUGAUCUUCAUUGCCAUCGACCUCAUGCUGGAGUGGCUCGUACACGUGUACCACAAGAUUCUGCCGCGCGAGUAUGUGGUGUUGUGGCUGUCUUUCAUCGCGAUCAACCUUGUCAGCUUGGAGCUCGGAAUGCUGCUUGGAAUUUGCUUCAGCAUUAUCAAUUUCCUGUUCGGGUACGCUCAGGUCCGCGUCGUGAACCGGCGAUCACGCUCCUCCGCUGCGGUGCGGAAGCUCGCGGCACGCACGUUGCUCGGCCAGAAGCGCGACGUCAUCGUGUACUUGGAGCUGUAUGGUUAUCUGUUCUUCGGCUCGUCGGUGCAGAUUCUUGAAGACGUCCAGAAGGCUGUCCACAUUCGCAAACCCCGCGCUACUCUCAAGCAGAAAUCAAACCGGAAAGUGGAGAUUGAGCCCCAAUACUACGCUGACGACUCCGGUAUUCCGCUCACACCCGUGACAAAGCGAGAUGUCCCGAUCCAGUGUCUAGAUGGCAGCCCUGCGCCUCACCCGGACGGCCUCCCGACCGAAUAUGUCGUCAUGGACUUCAGCCGCGUCUCUGGUAUGGACGCAACGGCUGCGCGCAGUGCGUUCAUGAUCUUGCAGCAGCACUGCAAGCGCCACGAAGUCACCGUCAUCUUUGCCGAUGUCCUGCCGGAGAUUCGGAGCUUGCUGUUGAAGAACGAAAUCGCAGAAGAGGACAACUUCUUCCUCCACGCUGAGGCGGCUUUGGAAUUCUGCGAGAACCAGUUGCUGGUGAACACGAGCCACGCGCAAGAACUCACCAAUUACCACGAAUCCAUGAGUGUGCUCCUGCACCGCUUCAUGGGCGAGCCUGACGACUCGCCGCUCUUCCGUGGUGUCGACCAGUUCUUCCGCAAGUAUGAGGUGCCCGCAGGCUACGAGUUCUACCGCGUCGCGUCAUACCCGGAUCGGUUUUACUUCCUCGCCAGCGGCCGCGUCGCGCUCUUCAUGAACGACGACGGCAGCGUGGCCCCCGGGAAGUCCAUGACUCUGCUAGAGAAUGUGAUGCCCGGCGCCAUGUUUGGAGAAGUCGACUUCUUCGGCCGCCAAUACCGCUACAUGGCUGCCACCGCGCUACAGCCGUGCACUGUGUUUGAGAUGACUCGGGAGACGUACGAGACCAUGGAUGAGCUGGCACCUGCUCUCUGGAACCGCCUCCGUGACGUUGUCAUGCAGUCCAUGGCACUGUCAAUCACCAACACCACAUCGAUCAACACGCUGAACAGCGCGAAUGGCAAUCUUCCAACCUUUGCUUAG